CAUCGAAGGCGCCAGAUCAACUUCGCUGCUUAUGUUUGCUGCUGUUACCUAUCUUGCCUGCCUCAUAAAUUUGACGUCUCUGUGCACACAUUCUGGAGCGUGAUGUAUUGUCUCCUCAAGCGCCUUCAAUUUCGCCAUCAAGAUGUCUACAGAAGCGCGGGAACUCGAGCUCUGUGGCAAGGUUGAGAUGCGCAUUGCGCUCGCCAAAGACGAUAAACUUGAAGCAUUGUUGAAGACCUAUCUACCACCACUGCUCCUCAAAAUGGCCAGCGAGUUUCCAGCAGUACGCAAUAAGGUCGUCGAAAUAUGCCAGCAUGUCAAGAUCAGACUGGCAGGGAACAAGGACAUAAUUCUGCCUGUGGCCGCCCUGCUCAAGCAAUACAAGGAGAAUCCACAAUAUUCUAUGAUUCGACACUUUGACCUUAUGUUCAUACAACAAAGCAUUGGGAAAUUGACUUCUUCUGAACAAAUGAACCUGAUCCCGACAAUUCUGCAUGGGCUAGAAAAAGACGCGGGAAAGACAACUUGUGCUACGAUCUUCAAUUUGUUUCUUCGGCUUCUACCACGACUGCGACUGCCAUUACGUGGGAGUAAAGAAGAUAAUGAGUUGCGUCAGCAACUAGGGCUUGACGAGCACUCGGAAGACGCAAAAUUUGCGGCGUCUUGGUUUGCAAAACUGAUGCUCCUGGUCGUGGUACGGUCUACUGCCACCGGAGUGUCCUGUCCCGGCCUGACGGUUCAAGAAUACGAAUUUUUGACUCUGAGUGGGAAGCAAACGACCUGGGAUCCAUCUUCUGACGAAGGCUUGAAUUUGACCCAGACCAAGAUCUUGGUUCUUGCCUUCUUGACAAGCGGCGCUUUCACAGACGAAGAGCGAUUUUUGCCAGCUCUUUUUGCAUCAGGUGACGCCAAUACUCGAAUUUCUGGUGCCGGUGAGGAUUUGUUGAAGCGGUCUACCGUGUCCCUUGAAGAUGCAGACGCUAUCAGCAAUCUGUUGCAGAUUUAUUUCACACUGAAACCUCCUCUCCAGACCAGGGUAUUAGUCCUCUUGACAAAAUCCGCAGUGUCAACUACAUUUCCGAGUCAAGUGGUUCGUAUUGUGCAAGAAGCAUUGUCUCCCCAUGAUAACACCAAUCUUCCUGCACCCGGCCUGGAAACUAUCAAAUUUCGGAACUCCCUCUUCAACUAUAUGAAUUGGGUAUCUCGAAUAGCAUCCAAAUCGGAUUUAGCACAUGUGGCACCUCAAUUAGUCGGGUUCUUGAGAAGAUACAUUGAAGAUCAAGGAUGGCCAGUCCCACACGAGAGAUCAUUGGAUGCUGCCUCACUGCGAGCUUUGGCUUACGAGACGCUUGGAUCAUUAGCCAAGACCGCGCCCUCGAUUGUAGUUGAAAAGGACUUAUCUAUCGUACGAUGGCUAUUGAGGUCAUUGACUGAAGAAGGUUCUUCAGAGAGUAUCUUUGUCAGCAUUGAAGGAGCCUUGGCAAGUUUACUAGGUGCAUUUGCUCCUCCGCUGGACCCUAUAUUGAAUAAAGAACUGCAACUGCUGCUCCUCCAGUAUAUGACUCUCCAGGAAGGGGGGAACAUUGUGCGGAGUGCACGAUUUGCGACUGUACGAUGGGCAAAUCGUUGUCUUGAGUACAAGGAUGUAGUGGCAAGAUGGAUUGAUGUCCUUGCUUUGGCAGGUCGGACUGAUGAGCGUAGCGACGUUGUGGAAGAGGGUAAAAAAGGCCUUGACCCUUAUUGGUAUCGACUUCUCAACUCAACCCCGGCCGCAUCCACCUGUUCAUUUCCGAAGUGGGACGAGAUGGUCAAAGUGUUCUUCACAUCACAAAGUAUACUGGAGAAUUCAAGCAUUGCAAACAGCAUGAAAAGUGGCAUGGACGUGGAUGAAGUUUCUGUCUUCGGAAAUUUCGCUGGUUCUAAGAUUAAUGCUUUUCCGUCCGCUGUCAACUAUUGUCGCCAGAUCCUUCUUUUGACUGCCUUGGAAGAAUCCGAAACACCUCUUGCCAUUGACGCGGACUGGGAACGGCAGCUAGAUGUUCUGUACCGCUCUGACAAAACAUCUCGAAAGAUCAUGAGGAAUCACGUACAUUCAGUCGAUGAAGCCGCACUAAAUAUAUAUCUUGGUGCCGCCUUCGAGGGAAUGCUUCGUAAUGAUGGCAACGGUCUUGGAGACUGCGGGAAAUGCUUUGUCGAGAUAGCAUCGAUCGCGCCAGCUGUGGUCAUUAGUAAACUUGCUGGAAGAGCUUUAGAGUUGUUGCCAUCCAUUAGAUCUAACAACACGGCCACUCGACUUCUUGCGGCAGAGGCGUUUGGGAUUCUUGCUCCUCAUCCCGUAAAUACUGCGGAAUCAGUCAAGGAUAUGCUAACCACGCUCUUGAAAGAUGCCAAGCCAUGGGAGUCUGCUGUUGGUGCUGAAGCAAACCGUGUUCAUGGCUCAAUCCUUGCGCUCGGUUUUAUUCUCAGCCGCAGCUCGUACUAUGGUCGACUUGAAUCUAUGCAAGACAGCGUCGUAGGAGAAGCCAUCUCAAUGAUCCUAGCCAUUCUAUCAGCCGCCAAAGAUGCUUCAACGAACGAAGCUGCCUUUAGUGCCAUAUCACAAGUCAGCAUGUCUGGCGUUCUCACUAUCUCACGGAUUAGUGAAUCGUCGCUGAGUGCAACCGAGAUCAUUACGAUGCUAACGACGGAGGCUAAAAAGAGUAACGAGAAGGCUAUCGCCGCUCUUGGCCGAUUCUCGUUGAUAUUUGAAGAAGUUUCCGACAGCGAGCCCGCGACGGACGAUCUGCUUGCUACUAUUCUUUCGAAACUAUAUGAUCUCUUUGGGAUCAAACAAGCCGAGACUCAUUUUACUAUCGGAGAAGCUUUCAGCUGUCUUGCGGCGUGCUGGGACUCUGAUGUCCUUCCUCUCAGCUUAGACGUCGACACUACUUACAGUGGACGAAUGAAGCGACAUAAAACAUUGGAACACUUGUUGAAGAAGCUAUUGCGAGACUGCAAAACACCCAAGCCUUCCUUAAAAAAGGCAUCCGGAAUCUGGCUAUUCUCUCUGAUACAAUACUGUGGGCAUUUGCCCGAGAUCCAGAUCUGCCUCAGGGAAUGUCAAGCUGCGUUCAUGGGUCUCCUAUCAGCCAGAGACGAAUUGGUACAGGAAACAGCAUCUCGUGGCCUAAGUCUCGUUUAUGAGCAAGGUGACAGUGACCUUAGAGACAAGCUAGUGAAAGAUCUUGUUGCAUCGUUCACUGGAUCUAGCACCCAACUCAAGGUUGACGAGGAUACAGAGCUUUUUGAACCAGGUGCUCUUCCCACAGGAGAAGGCGAAUCUGUAACAUCUUACAAGGACAUUAUAUCGCUAGCAAACGAAGUUGGCGACCAGACCUUGGUCUACAAAUUCAUGUCGCUUGCAUCUAAUGCUGCUACAUGGUCCACCCGAGCGGCUUUUGGCAGAUUUGGAUUAAGUAACAUACUCUCAGAAUCCGAAGUAGACCCCAAACUUUAUCCCAAACUCUACCGAUAUCGAUUUGACCCCAAUGCAAAUGUCCAGCGUUCGAUGAACGAUAUCUGGCAUGCUCUCGUUAAGGAUGAGAGCGUAACGAUCAACCUACAUUUUGACGAUAUUCUGGACGAUUUACUCAAGAGCAUCUUGGCCAAAGAGUGGCGUACGAGACAAGCAAGUUGUGCAGCAAUCGCUGACCUUGUCCAAGGUCGUGAGUUUGACAAGUAUGAAAGCCGCCUCCAUGAUAUAUGGCAGGUCGCCUUCAAAGUCAUGGACGAUAUCAAAGGUUCUGUUCGAGCCGAAGCACUAAAACUGAGCAUGGCUCUGACCGGCAUCCUGGUUCGACAAGUUGAAGCUGGAAGUUCCUCAAAGCAUGCCCAGGCGAUGCUAAAAGAAGUCUUGCCAUUCCUUCUGUCUGAGCAAGGAUUAGAAAGCUCUGCUAAAGAUGUCAGAAUCUUCGCAGCACUCACCGUGCUGAGACUUGUCAAGAGCGGCGGUAAAGCUCUACUACCUUUCGUUCCUGAUCUCGUCGAACAACUACUGGGUCUUCUGAGCACACUUGGAGAGGAGGAAGGAGUCGACUACCUCUAUUUGAGGGCCAAAGAAUACAACCUCACCGAAGAGAAAAUUGACAACUUGAGAUCAAGGGCGGUAUCCCAGUCCCCAUUGAUGGAGGCAAUAGAGCGCUGUCUGGAUAUUCUAGAUGGGCCUGCUAUGUCAAGUCUAGUACCUCGACUCGAGAAUGCCGUGAAAACGACGAUUGGAAUGCCUAGUAAGAUGGGCUGUGCCGGUGUGCUUGCUAGUCUUGCAACGAGGCAUUCCUUAGUUUUCAAGCCUCAUGCUGAUAUCUUCCUGAAAAUUACCGAGAAAGCGGUAUUAGACCGAAACAAUGCUGUCAGUGCUGCGUAUGCAAGAUCUGCGGGGUACCUCUCGAGACUUGCCUCUGAUAGCGCCAUUCUACGUCUUGCUGCCUAUACAAAAGAUCUGUAUUUCAACGCGGAAAAUGAGACGCGACGUCAGGUUGCAGGAGAGAUUGUGUAUGCAGUCUCCAAAUUCGCUACGGAUCGAUUCAAUGCUCUUGCAUCAGACUUCCUACCUUUUGUGUUCUUUGCCAAGCAUGAUUUUGAUGAGCAUGUCAAAAAGCAAUUCGAGAAUACCUGGGACGAAAAUGUUGGUGGGUCUCGCGCUGUUCUUCUUUAUUCUCGAGAAAUAAACAGCUUGUCCGUCGGCCACCUCGAAUCUCCAAAAUGGACUGUCAAGCAUACGGCUGCUCUUACAAUUGCAGAUGUUGUAACUUCAUCUGGGGCAGAGAUCAGUAGCACAGAUGCAGCAGCUAUGUGGCCCGCGUUAGAGAAGGCACUUGCGCUAAAGACAUUUGACGGAAAAGAAAAAGUCCUCAGCUCGUUUGUCAGCUUCACCAAGGCGGCAAGUUCUUUUUGGAGCAAAGAGUCAAGCAUCGCGCCUCAAAUGAAGAAGAUCGCCAUUCGAGAGGCCAAACGCAACAAUGAUACGUAUCGACCCUUCGCCUUCACGAGUCUGGGCGAGUUUUGCGAAGCUCGUACUGACUUAGACAUGUUUGAGGAUGUGUACAACGUCAUAGGCCCCUGCCUUGAGGACUUCACCAGUGAAGACAAGAUGGACACCGAAGAUGACACUAAGGUUGGCGGCAAAUCGCACGAGUCUGCAACAAUAACUGCUGGAAUCGGCGCUCUUUUCCGAGCCAUCAAUAUCAAGAACAUUGAUCCUUCUCCUCUCACACACAUACCCACUCUUCUCAAGGUCGUGAAGAAAGUAGUAGUAUCUACGAAAAUCACCGUUGCAACAAGCCUCACUAUUUACGAGCGCGCCAAAGCACUUUUUGACGGCCUACGAAAAAGAACACACACGCAAGGAACGAAGCAUUAUGAUCUACUGCUUGAUUAUUUCAAAGUCUUGGAUAUUCAGAGUGGUGCUGGUACUGAGGCCAUGAGAUUGAAAAGAGCUGAAGCUGCCGAAAUGAUGGUACAGGCUCUUGUUGGUGGUGUCUUUGGAAUGUUUAGAGAAGGAAGGGAGGAAUGCAAGGAGCAGAUGAAGCAAAUGACCCAAGAAGGCAGAAAGAAUGAGAGAUCUCCUGGAGUGCAGGCUGUUCUUGAUAGAGUAUUGAAAGGUCUUGUAGAGUAGAUAGAUUAGCAUAAAUUUCGAUAUUGCGGUGAGGAAAGGGGCAAACUCACUUCGAUCGCUACCCCAAUUUUAAGGCAGAAUAAGGUUAUCC